GCCUACGACUCAGUACACAUUCCAUUACUCACUAAAGCAUUACUCAGAAUAAAAACUCCCAAACCUAUCACAAAUCUGAUUAUUAAUAUCUUUACAGCGAAAACCAACAUACACUCUAUUGAAGAAAUAGUCACACAAGCUCUCAACUGA